AUAAAAUUUCUAUAUAUUUAAUUGAAAUAUGAAAACAAGACAGAAAAUAUUCACAAGUCAUGAAGAAGAGCAUGAAUAAAUAUAAAUUCAUAAGAUAUAACAGAGAAGAAUUAGAUAUUAACUUCAAAUUAAAUUAUGGAAGAAGAUAACCAUGGCAAGAAUACCUCCGAUUCGAUCGAAUUAAUUUACAUGGAUGUUAAGAUUUCCAAUUUCUGCGAAAAUCUAAAUAAGAUGAGUAUCGUCGCAGAAAAAACCAGUAAGCAGAAAGUGGCGGAAAUCAGAUCGGAGCCGCGUGAGGAUGCUUCCCUCUGGAUGGUUCGGGUGCUGAUAAUAUUUUUCAAGCUCAUCGGUCUCGCUACGUUCACCUAUCGUACUGACACGCAGAAGAAGAGGAAGUUAUUUAUAUUCCAACAUUCCAAAUUCGACAUCGUCUACAACGCCGUGCUAAUCAGCUUGAUGCUCGCUUCGUUAUCCAUAUCGAUACCAUACAGAUUCACGAUGGAAUACGAGAACAAGACGAACUUGAACGAAGUUAUUGAGACUAUACAAACUGUACUCGGCGCUUUCGUGAUCUGCAUGAUUUUACUCUUCUAUUGCAUCGAGCAGAAGUCUUUAGUGCGAAUGAUGAAUCGAUUGACGGAUAUCGAGCACGAACUCGAUCGUCUUCACGAUCCAUCGCAACGACAGCGUGUCUUGUGGGGCCUGAUCGUGGUCUACAUCUUGAACGGUUGUCUUGUAAUCACUCUUGCGACCACCGAGGUUCUGGCCUUCCACACGAGUCCGGUCUCCUGGUUGUCGGACAUCCUGCCGAGCUUUCACGUGGGUUGGAUGCUAGUACAAUACUUUCUGCUGGCGACGAUCAUCCAGGCGGAUUUCGCCGACGUGAAUCGGACGCUGCAGAACCUGUCCAGGGUUAGCACUUCGGAUCUUCAAUCGCAGACUUUCUGUCAGACGCGCCGCGUCAUCGUCACCAACUCCACCGUUCAUCAGCUGCUGAAGCUGCGAGAUGUGCACUGUCACCUCUGCGAGAUCUCGGGGAACGUGUCUGAUUUCUACUCGUUGCCAGUACUGUACGGCGUCACUUUUCUUUUUCUAACGCUCGUAUAUAAUGGCUACUAUCUUCUCUCGCCUCUGUUAAUGUCCGACGAAGUUUUAGAAUACAAGGUGUUUAUUAACACCGUCUUCUGGAUAAUAUAUGUGAUUUAUCCUAUUUUUCUUCUCACCAGCAGAAUUACUAAGCUAAUGAACGAGAUGGAGAAAACAGGUAAUGUGGUACAUAACAUCUUAAGUAUCGCGAUCGGCAAAGAAGCAAAGUCUGAGCUCAAGGAGUUUUCACUUCAAAUACUACAUCGUAAGAUACGAUUCACAGCUAAUGGAUACUUCGCACUCGAUAACAGUUUCUUUCAUUCGCUGGUCGGUACGGUGGCGACGUAUCUGGUGAUACUUGUGCAAUUUCAAAUGGGAAGCUCAAGAUCACAAUGUAAUGUAAAUUGUACACCUAAAGAUUCUUAAAAUACAGAAUAAUAAUAAUUGAAAUUGGAAAAACUUACAAACUUAAUUAUGGAUAUCGACACGUGCGUAGAAUUGCAAAGAUGACUGCAUUUCCUAUAAUAAUGCAAUUUCCUCAUACGUACAUAUAUUAAUCUGUUCUAAUCUACAGAUUUGGAGGAUAAAGGUAUAAAGAAAAUAUAUAUUAUAUAAUACAUAAGUUACAUAUAAUUAUCAAUUAGUUUAUUUAUUAUACAUCAUCAACUUGAACAGUACCCGAUUACUAUGGGGUACAAUGAUAAAAUGGAAUUCUAGUACAAAUUUCUCUAAUGUGUGAACUUUCUUGUUUAAUGCCGUCGUCCAUUAUAACUUCGCCACAUUUUUUACUUUUCUCGCAAAAAUGUCUUAUAGCAAUAAAUUUUCUUACAGAUUGCACUUUCUUUUACCGGCUCGGAAAUUUUUCAGAGAAACGUCAAACACGAUCGUUGCUAACAAUGAUAAUUAAAAACUAUUAAUUCGUAACGACACGAAGUUGAUUUCUCUAUUCGCUUGUAACCUAGGCUCAUAUUUACGAAUGUCAUUUUGUAUAACAGAAAAUUGUAUAGCAAGUCUUUCAAUACUUGUACAGUAAAUAAUUGCACAUAAAAUUUUGGAGUAACACGGCAUGUGGUUUAUAGUUAUACGACAGGCAUUUUUAGCUACUUUCCUUGUCGACUAGGAAACUAGUUUCCGAGACGGUCUUUCCUAAUCACAACCAAUUAAUACUACGUCGGCGAAUUAUAGCCCAUUCGUCAUCGUGAAUUCGCUGCAAAAUGUAUGCGCGAAAUUGCUCCUCAAAUGCGUCAUGGAGUUUUUUUUCUCUUAUCUCGAAUCGCAUCGAAGAUCACUGUUGCGUGAUAUGUGAAACGCACUAUACACAUACACAUAUCAUAUAUACAUACAGCUUUCUAUUAUUUAAAUUUAUAUGUUGACGUAUUCAUAAAUUUGUAAUAUUCGCACGUUUAUAUACCUGCAUCCCUAUUUAUGGCUCUCUAGACAUUUUUAUUCAUUCGAUUUACGAUACGUAUUCCAAAUGUCACGCCAUAUAUAGCAUUGAUAUUAUUGCACUAACAGAUAAGCGUUGUUAAUGCUUAAUAAACGCAUGUAAAUGCGCACGACUUUCAAGUGAAUUCGAAUACUUUACGCGCGAGCGCACAUUUUCUUUCUCUAAAAAUAUACUAAUAUAAAGUACGCACACGCGAUUAUACUUUCCAGCAUGAUAUAAAUGUUUCAUAUUGUUUUUAACACUGUAGGUCUUCCCUUGAACGCAUUUCUGCGCAUUUUAAAACGUACAUAUUGUGUAAGUUUCGCAUUGGCUCCGUAUUGAAAUCUGUUUUUCUCAAACUACUCGUUAUAGCAAAAUGUUCGUAUAAAAAAAUAUAUUAAAGUUUCGGCUUAAAAUUGAAUUUUGUAAAAGUUCCAUAUCGAUAUUUAAUAAUCGCCUUAAAUAAUAUCGUAUUUUGUUAAUUAGCCGAAUUGCAAAGCUAAUUUUUUAAGAUCCUUAAUCAUUGACA